UCGAGGGGCGUGGCCGCGCGACUUGGCUCUUGGUUCCGCCAUGGCUGUCGCACCCGGUGCGGUUCACCUGCAGCGUUGUGUGGUGUCGCCGGCCGGGAGACACACUGCUUCGCUGAUUUUCCUGCACGGCUCAGGUCAUUCUGGCCAAGGACAGAGAGAGUGGAUCAGCAAUGUGCUAAACCAGGACUUAACAUUCCAGCACAUAAAGAUUAUUUACCCAACGGCCCCCUCCAGGCCAUAUACUCCUAUGAAGGGAGAGCUCUCCAAUGUGUGGUUUGACAGAUUUAAAAUAUCUAAUGACAGCCCGGAACACCUUGAGUCAAUUGAUAGAAUGUGUCAAGUGCUCACUGAAUUGAUUGAUGAUGAAGUAAAAAAUGGCAUCCAGAAGAGCAGGAUAUUAGUAGGGGGAUUUUCUAUGGGAGGCUGCAUGGCGAUACAUCUUGCAUAUAGAAAUCACCGAGAUGUGGCAGGAGUAUUUGCUCUUUCUAGUUUUCUGAAUAAAGAGUCUUCUGUUUACAAGGAUCUCCAGCACAGUGGCGGCACGUUCCCUGAGCUUUUCCAGUGUCACGGCAUUGCAGACGAGCUGGUUCUUCACUCUUGGGGCCAGGAGACAAACUCAAACCUGAAGUCUCUAGGAGUGAACACAGUGUUUCACAGUUUCCCAAAUCUCUACCAUGAGCUGAACAGAACUGAGCUGGAGAGGCUGAAGUCGUGGAUUCUUACAAAGCUCCCAGGAGAGGUCGACAGCCAGAAUAAAUGAAUCCUCACCGGCAUAUUGAUUAUUAUCUUACAUUUAAGAAAUUUUUUCCUUAUUUGAUCCUCACAAAAAUUAUCAUGGUGACACAGCCAACACUCCCAUAAUACAUGAAUGAAGUUUAUGAUAAUCUGUUUUCAUUCAACAAAAUUGUCUUGAGAAUCAUCAUGUUGUAAAUGCCACCUGUUUAUUUUGUGGCUGCAUAGAUGUCAUUUUAUGGACACAGUGCAAUUUGCUGGUCCAGUCACCACAGGUUUGGGUCACUUCCUGUGUGGGGCUGUCAUAAAUAGGGCUAUUGUGAGGUGUAAGCAUCCACCCUCACAACAGAGAGGCUGGGUGAUGUCCUGCAUCAUUACCUGAACCAUCUAGCUGUUUGUCAAUGUAGUUUUACCGUUUUCCACUCCAGGCAGUGUGGUAGCCCCUGAUGCCCAGUUCUCUACCAUGCUUUCAUUUUGACCAUUCUAGUGGCUGCAUAGUGUUUGAUUUCCAUAGUGUUUCAUUUCCGUUAUGCAGGUUUGAUUUCCAUUUUCUUGGUGCCUAUAAUGUGAUACCUAGUCCUACCCUGGGGGUUCCCCACAUUUGUGAAGAAUCAGUUUACCCUCCCCAAUGUGUUUCCAGAUUGUCUUUGUGAAAAGUGGUUCACUGUCAAAUUAUAAUGACAAAUAAAAUGUGAAUAAAUAA